AUGUCAUUCAUGGAACUCACCAAAGAGUCUUUAGAUAGAUUAGCCAAGAGUUUAGUAGACAAACCCAAACCAGUAGAUCCAGCGAUCACUUAUGGGAUACCUAAAACAAUCAAACCAAAAGGAUCCGAAAUCGACAACGAAAGUGAUUUUAGUCAAAGUACAAAAUCCGAUCAAACAAACCACCAAAAACCAAACCAAAUCAUUAAACCGAAAAAGAAAAAACAAAGGCAUCAAACUGGUUCAUCAACUUGUAAAUCUAAGCCUAAACAAAAUCCAAGAGAUCAUUCAUUGGUCUCCACCGGUCCGAGUUCCUUUGAUUCUAAAACUUCAUCUUCGAUCGCUACUACUUCAAAUUCUUUGGUUUUCAAUUCUACUUCAAAGAUUUCACUGGGAUUUCUUGUUCCUAGUUCAAGUGGAACCCAGCGAUUAAAUGAAGUAUGA